AUGCAGAGAGAGAGUAGUGAGAGUAGUGUAGUGGCUCAGGGGCCCAGCUCCUGCUAUGAGUCAGCCCUCACGGACCAUUAUCGCGUCCUGAGGACCAUUGGGGAGGGGAGCUUUGGGCAGGUGGUAGUAGCCCGCCAUCUCCUGAGCGGGACAGAGGUGGCAGUGAAGGUGGUGCCCAAGACAGUGGAGAACAAGGCCGUGCUGUGUGAAAGGGAUUGGUUGAUGGCCCUGGAACACCGAAACAUGAUCAAGCUCUUCCAGGUCAUCGAGACUGUCCACAAUCUGUACCUGGUCAUGGAGCAUGCAGGUGGGGGACAGCUACGGCGUCACAUCCCAAAAGCUGGUGGCAUACCAGAGGAGAAGGUCCGCAGAGUGUUCAGGGAGAUGGUGCGUGUCGUGCAUUACUGCCACGAGAAGGGUGUCGUGCACCUGGACCUGAAGCCUGAGAACUUUGUGGUGGAUGCCAGGGGCCACAUAAAGCUCAUCGACUUUGGCUUGAGCACCAGCUUCACACCUGGGCAGAAGCUGCAUGACUUCAGGGGCACUCUCCAGUACUGUGCCCCUGAAAUCAUCCAGGACAAGGGAUUCGAGGGUCCCCCUGCCGAUGUCUGGAGCCUGGGUGUCACUCUCUAUUUCAUGCUGACAGGGACGAGGCCGUUCAGAACGAGCAACACUAAUGAGCUGCAGAAGCAGAUUUUACAGGGAAGCUAUGACCUUCCCCCGCACUUGUCCAAGGGAGCAUGCAGCCUCAUCCAGCAAAUCCUGGAGGUGAACCCCAAGCAGAGGCCCACCCUGGAGCAGGUAAUGGGGCACCCAUGGCUGAGGCAGGGCGAGGACUCGUCUCCCAGGCGACGUCCCAGCAAGCCACUCCCCAAGCGGCCCGACCCAGCCAUCAUGACCAUCAUGGUUGACAUGGGUUAUGACCCCUAUACUGCCUGGCUCUCCCUGGCAAAACGCCAAUUCGAUGAGGCCAUGGGUACCUACCUUAUCCUCCAGCACCAGAGAAGCCAGGGGGCUGACUGCACGCUCUGGGUCAAGCCUGUGCGUCGGGUGGUUGGGCCUCGCCCAGGCCCUGUGAUGGAUCCUCCCAGUGUCCGCCCCAAGAAGUGCUCCAGUGAGCCUGUGCUUGCCUUGCUCUAUGAGCAGCAGCAGCCUGGAGAGGCCAAGAGGGCAGGGCAGAAGGGCGCCACCCAUGCCAGUGUUCCCGCCAUUCCUCUGUGCUUCCUCCACACAAAGACACCCCCCUCCCAGCCUAGCCCCCCAGCAGGAUCCUGGGCACCAGUGGCAGAUGUACCUCAGGCCCAACCCUAG